AUGUCCAACUCCACCAACGAACCCACUAACCGCGCCACCAAACCCCGAACCGCGCCAGGCGAUGCCAUCGCAGACCUCGCCGCCUCCCUCCUUUCGUCCCCCAAACAACCCCACCACCAUCAUCAUACCCAGCCCACCACCGCCACCAACAACACCGACCAAGCCAUCACCGCCGACAGCGCCUCCACCCACGCCAUGUCCCACACCGGCGCCUGGAAGCCCGCCCUCGACCGCCGCCAGAGCUGGAGCGCACAGGAGUACAAGCAUGACUUGUUCAAGCGGCAGUAUAUGGGUGGUGGCGCGGGGAAGGAGGGGGGCGGGUUUAGUGAGGUGUAG